GAUCCAUUUCUGUUCUCAGCUUAGUGACGGAGGUUCUGAGAGCUUGACGUCGGGAUGAGUGUCGUGGAUCCAGGGGCAACCCACAGAGACCUGUGGAGUGGCCGCCCUGCGCACGAAACUUCAACUUGGCUGUCAGGUUCCAAGAUGUUACUCGAAGCCGAAGCUGGUGUAUCUAUGGCUUGGAUUGUAGUUGUGAUGGUGGGGUGGGUUAGGGUUGUUGUGUUGCUGGAGCUGUCAGUACCUGGGCCUGUAAAUGCAGGGUGUAAUUACGCUGGAAAACAUUUCGUCCGCGGCCAGACGCGCCUGCCAGUGGGCUCGGGCACGCUAAACGCGCCCACCACUGGCUCCUCUUAACAAAACCGCGCGCUCCAAUGCCGAGACCACGGCACGGUCCCGCAGACACGACCACGACCUGCU